CCAAGGUCAAGGGGGAUAGCUAUCGUAGUGCUUUUCCCUUGUUCUCUGUAUGUGUGACUUGUUGCUUGUGUUGACCCGACUUCCCCUUGUAAAUAAAAUCCUUAUUAUUAAAACUGUGUGUCCAGGCCUCUACUGUUGAGACUCAAAGAACCAGUUACUUUCCAUCACAAUAAACUCCUCUGGUCCACUUUCUAAUAUUGGGUAUUGAGCAUUGUACUUUUUUUGCCGUCUAUUUUAUUUAAUCUUAUCACUUUGCCUUGCUGAGCACUAUCCCAACAAAUCAUUAAUAUCGAUCUAUUUCGUAAUACCUUUGCUCUUUUGACCUCGCCUAUAAGUUUGUUUAUUACCUUCUUCGCAUGAAUCGGGUUCCAAUCACCGAAAGACUUCGCCCAGUUCUGUAAUUGCUUUAAUCACAAUUUCUUUACAUUUUUGUUAUCCUAUUUUGAUCAUCCCUACUCCUCAGUUUUCUUCCACUCCAUUCCUCUUUCCCGCCAACCUCCAUCUCUAACUCACUUCCCGAAGCGUCACUUCCUCCUGACGUCCUCCGUCCAUUCACAAUCUAGUUGUUUAUCCAACCGCCCGGCGUCAUUCCCUUUUAAUGUUUUCGAAGCUCCCAAAACGUUUGUGACCAGACGGCUUAUUAUCUUUUUUUUUUGGACACUCGCUGUUUCAGCAAGCAAUCGCCGCCAUUUUACUGUCGAUCUGCACCGCUCCGCUCUUGGGACCUGGCUGUACGCGUAGUUUAUCUUUUAUGGGACGAACAUCACAUGGUGUCAGAGGGAGAAAACUAUGUCAGGUCUAAACGGAGCGUGAGUGAAUACCGUGCACGUCUGAGAAAGAGACUGUGAGUACGAAAGGUAUGAGCUGCAAAUGAAGUUUGGAUACUAGCCACGACGGAGAGAAGCUGGCCAGGGAGACGAGAGAGUACGUUGUUGCUCAAGUUCAGCAGUCGCUGGAUUCACCAGGAGAUUCAGGUUAGAAACGGCAAAGAAUUUGUGUACUGGAAUCUCAAAAACUACAAAGCAUCUGAUAUUUAAGGAGUGACCAGAUAUUUCCUUUGUAACACCAAUUUAUCUGUUGUUGCUUCUUGGAGAAGAAGAAGCAUCUUAUCCCAGCUGAGAAUGUUCUUCGUCUUUGAAACGUUUUUUGUUGUAACUCAGUGAAAUCUACUGGAACCAGGGUGCUGAGAACACACCAUUUGUUCACCAGGGAUAAGUUCUUGAACUGUAUUGACUGUGCAAGGGAUUCACUAUAUUUGACGUUUGGUUUAAUGAACUGCUAACAGGGAGACUUAAUUCACCAGCUCUAUAUGUGUGAGGGCGGGCACUCACUCACCUGGCCAACUUACAGACACACAGUGAGUUUACUGGAGAGAUGCCAUACACCUGCUUUGUGUCGAACGGUUAUCUGUCCUGAAGAUACAACAGCAAGUUCAUGCCAUAGUGAGAGGGUUCAUUCUGCCAUCCAAGUUAAAUAUAUAUCAGAAAAUUCUCAUCAGUGAGAGGCCUGUUGCACACUGAAAACACACCCAGUGAGUUCACAAGGGAGAGAGACCAUUCAACUUGGUGUGGGAGGAGAUUCACUCAGUUAAGCAACGUACAGACACACCAAUCACUUCAUAUUGGGGAGAGGCCAUUCAUCUGCUCAGACUGUGGGAAGGAAUUUGCUCUGUCAUCUCAACUGAAAGGAUUACAGUGAGUUCACACUGGGGAGAGACUGCUGACCUGCUCAGACUCUGGGAUGGGAUUCACGCGGUCAUCUCAACUGAAGGUACGUAAGCAAGUUCACACUGGGGAGAAGCUAUUCACCUGUCCAGACUGUGGGAAGGGUUUCUCUCGGUCAUGUCAACUGAAGGUCCAUCAGCAAAUUCGCACUGGGGAGAGGCCAUUCACCUGUUCAGACUGUGGGAAGGGAUUCAUUCGGUCAUCUGAACUGAAGCUACAUAAGCGAGUUCACACCGGGGAGAGGCCAUUCACUUGCUCAGAUUGUGGGAUGGGUUUCACUUGGUCAAGUCAACUGAAGGUACACAAGCGAGUUCACACUGGGGAGAGGCCAUUCACCUGCUCAGACUGUGGGAAGAGUACCUCUCGGUCAUGUCAACUGAAGGUCCAUCAGCAAAUUCACACUGGGGAGAAGCCUUUCAGCUGUUCAGACUGUGGGAAAGGAUUCAUUCGGUCAUCUGAACUGAAGCUACAUCAGCGAAUUCACACUGGUGAAAGGCCAUUCACUUGCUCAGACUGUGGGAAGGGAUUCACUCGGUCAUAUCACCUACUGGCACACCAAUUAGUUCACACUGAAGGGAAACCAUUCCCCUGCUCAGAAUGUGGGAAGAGAUUCACUCGGUCUUUUCAACUGAAGGUACAUUACCGGGUUCACACUGGGGAAAGGCCAUUUGCAUGCUCAGAAUGUGGGAAGGAAUUCACUCGGUCAUCUGACCUACAGAGACAUCAGCGAAUUCACACUGGGGAGAAACCAUUCACGUGCUCAGAUUGUGGGAAGGGAUUUACUCGGCCAUAUCUACUGAAGUUACAUCAGCGAUUUCACACUGGAGAGAGACCGUUCACCUGUUCUCAGUGUGGUACCCAGGGCUGCCUCUUUACCCAGAAACAUCGACGAACGAGAAACUCAUCCAUUCCCCAAGGUCCCAGCGAUACGCAUGUGCGGCUGGCCUAACGCAGCAUCUUCCCUUAUCAGCCGAAAGCUCCCCGAGGCCCGGGUAUCGAUCUGGGGUUGAGAGAGAGGGAAAGGAUCGGGACUGUUCCGGGAUGCGGAACUACGGUGUGUCCGGAACUCACAGCAAUGGUCCCCAGUCGCAAUUAAGUCACCGUUACCUAAGAAAUCUGCUGCUCAGAACUCCAUUCCUACCUGCUGCCGAUUCUCCAAGAGCCUUUUGUCACGGGGCGCAUGCGUGAUUUCCGGAACUCCACGACCCUUACGCAUGCGCACCUGUGUGCUUGGUCACCGACGGUGAAUGCUCGAAGUUUCGAAGUAAAAUUUGUUAUCGGAGUUGAUACAUGUCACCGCCAACCCUGAGAUUCUUUUACUGCGGGUAUACAGAUACUUAACAAAUAUAUAGAACAGUUACUGUAAAUGGAUCAAUGGUCAACAAACUGCAAAUGCAAAUAAAUAGCAAUAAAUAACGAACAAGAUAAAGAGCACUUAAAGUGAGACCACAGGUCGUAGGAACACCAGAAGCAGAGCCAGUGUAGUUAUUUCCUUUUGUUCAAGACCUGAUGGUUGAGGGGUAGUAAUUGUUCUUGAACCUGGUGGUUCAAGAGUCCCGAGGUUCUUGUACUUCAGAAAAGAUCAUAGCCUCGGUGGUGAGGAUUUUUUGGAUAUUUUUUUAAUUCAAUUUUUAAGAUAAUUACAUAGAAUGAACAGAAUAAUAUGAUAUGAUAUCAGCCCUCCCCCCCCCCCCCCCCUUAACAUCCCUAUCUAAAAAAAAGAGAAAAAAAGAAAGAAAGACUGCCUGGAUAUCGGAAGAUCCCCACAUGCUCCAUGGAAUUCAAAAUAGCUUUAAUAUAUGUAUUUGUUUCUUUCCCCAAAUGACUAAUAACUUUAUCUUCAGAGCACCUAUAUACUUAAUCCUAUCUUUUGUAAGUAAGGGUGCCAAAUUUUCAGAAAUAUGUCAUAUUUAUUUCUUAAAUUAUAAGUAAUUUUUUCAAGUGGAAUGCAGCUAAAAAUUUCAUUAUUCCAACGAUCCAUACUUAAGUAUGAAUCCGAUUUCCAAGUAACUGCAGUAGCCUUUUUGGCUACUGCCAAUGCAAUUUUUAUGAAUUCUUUCUGAUACUUGUUCAAUUUAGGUUUUGGUUUUAUCCCUUCAAUAUCACCUAGCAAAAAUAAUAUUGGGUUAUGUGGAAGUUGUAUUCCAAUAAUUUUUUCCAAUAAAACUCAUAAAUUUAUCCAGAAAGGUUGAAUUUUAAAAUAGGACCAAGUAGAGUGUAUAAAAGUACCAAUUUCUUGAUUACAUCGAAAACAUUGAUCAGAUAAAUUUGGGUUUAAUCUAUUUAUUUUUUGUGGUGUAAUAUAUAAUUGAUGUAAAAAAUUGUAUUGUACUAAUCUAAGUCGGACAUUUAUUGUGUUUGUCAUACUGUCAAGAUAUAGUCUUGACCAACUUGCUUCAUCAAUUUUAAUAUUCAAAUCAGUUUCCCAUUUUUGUCUUGACUUAUGAAUUCCUUGUUUAAUUGUCUAUUUUUGAAUCAAAUUAUACAUACAAGAAGAAUUUUUUUUAAUUUUUCCUCUUUGAAUUAAAGUUUCUAUUUCAUUAGGUUUCAGCAUUAACAUUGUUUGACCCAGUUUUCUCUUAAAUAAGCCCUUAAUUGGAAAUAACAGAAAAGAGUGUUAUUUGAUAUUUUAUAUUUAUUCUUUAAUUGAUCAAACAACAUCAAUAUACCUCCUUCAAAACAGUCUCCUGUAUAGCUAAUCCCUUUUUGAAACCAGUUGUAUAAAAGUUGGUUAUCCAUUGUAAAAGGAAUGAGUCUAUUUUGAAUUAGAGGUCUCUUUGCUAAUAAAGAUUUCUUUAUCUCAUCAUCAA